AUGGCUAAAAUUUGGCUGAUAACCGGUUCAUCGCGAGGACUUGGCCGUGCCUUGGUUGAAGCAGUUCUUGAAUCAGGCAACCAGGUUGUGGCGACGGCCCGAAAGCCAGAACAACUCCAAGAUCUCGUAACCCAGUAUGGACAGGACAAUGUUCUUGCAAUGGCCCUCGAUGUCACCAACAAUUUCCAAGUUCAACAAGUUGUUCAAUCCGCGCUAGAGAAGUUUGGCCGUCUGGAUAUUAUUGUCAACAACGCCGGGUACGCCGAUGUUGCCUCAAUUGAGGACAUGAGCCUCGAAACAUUUCGCACACAAUUCGAAACAAACUUUUUCGGUGUCGUAAAUGUGACAAAGGCAGUGAUACCAAUUUUGCGUCAACAAGGUCACGGCCACAUCAUUCAAGUAUCAUCUCUUGGUGGCAGAGUUGGAUCUCCUGGCCUUGGCUCAUACCAGAGUGCCAAGUGGGCUGUCGGGGGCUUCUCAACUGUUCUUUCACGAGAAGUUGGCCCGCUUGGAAUCAAGGUGACGGUCCUUGAGCCCGGUGGCAUGAAGACGGACUGGGCUGGCUCGUCGAUGGGCAUUGGAGCUGUCAGUGAGCCCUACAAACAAACUGUGUCUGCGUUCCAGGAGAGAAGAGAGGAGAUGAUGGCUACCUGGGCUGAUCCCAAAAGGAUAGUGCGCAGCAUUUUGCAUAUUGCCGAGGUUUCUGAGCCGCCUCUGCGUCUUCUGCUCGGAGUUGACACUAUCCCAUAUGCUCAAAAUGCGGCGGACGAGCUGGCGUCAUCAGAUGCAAAGUGGCGAGAAGUUACUGCGCUGAAAGUAUGA